UCCGUUAAGAGCGUCAAAGACAAUGUUUGGAAAAUGACGCUGUUAACACAGUAGGUCACGUGGUAAACGGGACGCGUGUGAAGAAACCAGAGUGAAAUAAAUUCGCUGAAACUUAAUAUUCUUGGCUGCAAGGACGCUGAAUUCCGAGGAAUUCCGAAGAAAGCCGAAUGCAGCACUCGGGUUAGGUUCGGUUGCACGCGCACAAGGGCUUGGUCCGAGUGCAGCGCGAUCACCGGCUCAGGCGCACGAGCCCGCGGCCGGAUGUUGAGCCCCAGCGCGCGCUGAGCUGCAGCCUCUGACCCGCGAUGGUCCAUCUGAAACCAGGCUCCUGCAGCUGGAGAAGAUGUCAGAUGUCACCAAGAGCGUCCAGAAGUGGCAUGCGAGCUUGAAAAAGGGCACGGACUUUGACUCGUGGGGGCAGCUGGUGGAGGCAGCGGAUGAGUACCAGAUACUUGCGCGGCAGCUGCAGAAGGAGGUCCAGUCUUCAAGUUCUCAGGAUUUCACAGAGGAACAAAAGAAAACCCUGGGAAAAAUUGCAGCAUGUCUUGAAAUGCGAAGUGCGUCACUACAGAGCACACAGUGCCAAGAGGAAUUUACCUUACAGGAUCUGAAGAAACUGGAGCCCAUCAUCAAAAAUAUUCUCACUUACAACAAAGAUUUCCCUUUUGAUGUCCAACCAGUGCCUUUGAGGAAAAUCUUUGCACCAGGAGAGGAAGAGAACCUAGAUGUGGAAGAGGAGCUGGACACGGCGACGGGGACAGGUUUAAUACAGUCCUUCCCCACCAGGGUGCCAGGAACUUUAUUACCACGGCUUCCCUCGGAGCCGGGAAUGACGCUGCUUACUCUGAAAAUCGAGAAGAUUGGUUUAAAAGAUGCAGGACAAUGCAUUGAACCUUACAUGACUAUUAGUGUCAGAGACUUGGAUGGUGUUGAUUUAAACCCUGUUCAGGACACUCCAGUGUCAACACGUAAAGAAGAUACCUACAUUCAUUUCGAUGUAGAUGUGGAAAUCCAGAAACAUCUUGAGAAACUACCAAAAGGUGCUGCAAUUUUCUUUGAAUUCAAACACUACAAGCCCAAGAAGAAGUUCACCAGUACCAAGUGUUUCGCCUUCAUGGAGAUGGAUGAAAUCAAACCUGGUCCCAUUGUGAUCGAACUGUACAAGAAGCCAACUGAUUUCAAGAGGAAGAAACUCAAUCUCCUUACGAAGAAGCCACUCUACCUUCACCUCCAUCAAACACUACACAAAGACUGAGCAACACGUGGACCAGCAUAAAAGUGAUCAUAAGGAACAGCACUUUUGCCACCUGCCAGCCUUUUUGUUUAUCUGACUACAGAUGGGUUCAUCGCCUUUAUAAGAAAAUAAUAAUUAACAAUUAACAAUAAGACCCCAGACUUCAGCUUUGGAAAUUUGCCUGUAGGUUUCACAAGACUACUUCAAGUGUCCAUCAAGUGUUUCCAAACGUUUGUAAACGGGGAGCAACACUGUUGGAAACAUGGAGUAUGUAAUCUGCAUGUUUUUUCAUUAGUUCAUUCAUCUUUGGUCCUUCACCUUCAUCAUCACUGAUCAAGGAAGACACUGACAUUGGCUUUGCUCUGUCCAGCCAGUGUGAUGGUCCAUUGUUUAUUGCCACUAUGAAAGAGAGUUUCUCCUGAAUGUUGAUUUCUGAAAUGAAAAGAAGUAAACACAAGUUUGUACUCUAUACUAAGUCAGUACUUAUAACACCCCCUUUGGCAGAUAUCACAGCUAGCAAAUACUUCCUGUAGCCAGCUAGGAGUCUAUCUAUUCUUGUUUAAAGAGUUUUCACCCACUUUUCUGUGCAGAAUGCUUCUAGUUCUGAGGUAUUUUUGGGCCAUCUUGCAUGCUCAGCAUGUUUAAGGGGGUUGUGAUGGCCAUUCCAAAUGCUUCAGCUUCUGUUUAUUAAAGUAGUUCAUGGUGGA